AAAAAAUCAGGAAAAGUUGCGGGAAGAAAACCGAGACUCUGAGCCAGAGACGAAGGCAAAUUACAGAGACAAGGUUGUUACUUUCUGCUUCGCCGUGAAGAUGAACGGCGGCCCGUCUGGUUUUGGUUUUCACUUCUGAUUCGUUGUUACAUGCUCAUCGUCUUGACUGUCGCAGCUAACGCUCCCGUUACAAGGACUGUCAUCAUCUUCUCGGCUAUCUUCUCAAUCUUCUUCGGGAUCCAAGGCCGUUUGAAUAGUCUGGAUGUUUUUGGAAAGCUUCGUUUUUGGAAAUUGGUUCUGUCCAUCUUUGCCUUUUCAUCAACACCAGAAUUGAUUUGUGGGCUGUAUCUGUUGUACUAUUUUAGGGUCUUCGAGAGGCAGAUAGGUUCCAAUAAAUACUCAGUCUUUGUCGUGUUUUCCAUGCUAGUUUCACUACUGUUUGAGGUCCUUGCUUUAAAGCUCAUGAACGGUCGUUUUGUGGAACAAGUCUCCUCUGGACCUUAUGGUCUUAUAUUUGCUUCAUUUGUGCCCUUUUUCCUUGAUAUUCCAGUCUCAACACGACUCCGUGUACUUGGUUUUCCAUUUUCUGAUAAGUCAUUCACAUAUCUAGCUGGUAUUCAGCUUCUUUUAUCAUCAUUCAAAGGGUCAAUCUUACCUGGGUUGUGUGGCAUCCUUGCUGGUUACUUGUACCGUUUGAAUGUCUUUUAUAUUCGUAAAGCCAAGUUCCCACGGUUCAUUGCGUCACUCUUUUCACGGUUUUUUUCACCAUCUAUGGGGAGUUCUCGUGCUCCAUCAACAAGGAAUGCUGUAGGAAAUAGACCGUUCUAUUCAGCAGUUCGCCAAGCAGAGUGUUGGUUACAGAGAAACUACCCUGCUUCAAUGCAAUCAGUGGCGGAACCGUCAGAGGACUCAAUAGCUACGCUUGUUUCCAUGGGAUUUGAUAGGAACUCAGCCAGACAAGCAUUAGUGCAUGCCAGAAACGAUGUCAAUGUGGCCACAAAUAUUCUCCUGGAAGCUCAGUCUCACUGAUUCCUUUCACAACUGAAAUCCCAUUCUUCAAGCAUUGCCAUUUUACUGAUUCUGACAUGAGGAUGUCUAUCAUUGUGGGGAACUCCAGAUGCUCUUGAUAAGGGGCCCUCCUAAACUCAUAUUUUUUUCCCCAUCUUAACUCUAAGCCUUGUAAUUAUCGUUUACUGACAGUGUAGUGAGAAUUAGGAGUCUGUACAAAAAUUACUUAUACCGUAGAUCAACACUCAUUCUUGGUCAAUUCCAUUCGCAUGCUAUUGUUGUA